UUUUGGAUGGUCGCGCAUUUGGCAUAGUUUUUUGUGAGAUAAUUCGAGAAAAAAUGGAUGCUCAGGAAGCUCAGGUUCUUGAGUUACAGGAUAAAAUAUUUCUGGUGAAGUCAAGGUUCCUUGAGCAGCACAAUCGUAACAUGGCAAUAAUAAACGUUUACAGACGACAUACUGAAAAGAUAGAGACAAACAAUGCAAGAGUAGAGGAGCUGAAGAAAGAUGUUGAUGAUUUGAUGAAACUCUGCGUAGAGCUGGACGCUAAGCAAUCUCUGGAUUUGAGGAUGGACAAGAUGCAUAUUUCUCGCGGUGAAGAGGAGAGAAAGAAGAUGAAGGCUCUGCAGGUGAAAGCGAAAAUACAGACGCAACUAGAUGCCAAAGAGAAGGACUUCUUAGAGUCCCACACAGGGAAGGAAUGCAAGAGAUUGACUGAAGAGGAUAAAGAAGUGACGGAGAAGAUUGAAGCCUUGGAGAACGAAAUUGAUCGCAUGAAAUCUGAGUUGGAGAAAGCGGAUUUCGCAGAGCAAAGCAACAUGCAGCCGAUUCGUCAAUUGGAGUUGGAAAUGGAAGAGGGAUUGAAGUUGACAGAAAUUCAGAAAGCGAAGAAAGUAACACUUGAGAAGGAAUGCGCUGAUCUGACCAAGAACCUUGAUGAGAAUACUUCAGGAUUCUUGAAGAACAUGCGCCAGAGUGAGACAUCAGAGACAGGGAUGUGGCUUGAGCUGAUUAAGCCUGUGUUGCCCGUGGCAACUGAUGAAGAAAAGGUUGAAGCGCAGCCCAAGAGUGAUGGUUUUCUCUCCACUCUGGACAUUUUGCAACCGAGUGCUUUCUGGAAGAGGAAGAAGAGGAAUCUAGAUGUGAAUGUAGAUAGUGCCGGUACAGAGAUGAAAGUGUCUGGAACUAAUAUUGGGAUGAUAUCUGGGCCAUCAAAUAUUACUUCAAAAACGCCUGUGGAAUUGCCGAAGAUCGCAAAUCCUGUUGUCACAGAGCAAGAGUGUGAUGUGAUGCCAGUGCCGAGAACUUCUCCUUCCACUCUGUCAUCUGAUGACAAACAAAAGAUAUCUUCCGCUGUCGAUAGCAGUUCGAUGUCUUUUGACUUCCCGACGCGAUUUUCACAGGAGAAGCAGAAAAAUUCUUCUCAAAAGAGUGACAAAAGUACUUCGUCUUCAGAGGAGAAAUCAUCUCAGAAGAGCACCGUGUCUCUUUCACAGGAGAAGCAAAUGCAGGAAGGGAAGUUUGAGUUGUCAUGCAAGAAGAAGAUUGAAGAGCCACCAGUUGAGAAGCCGCCAGUCUCACCUAUCCUUGAGGUUCCAGAGAUUUCCCCACAGCAUUCCACUGAACAUCUGGACAGUGAACUGAAUUUCAACAUGGAUAUGGAGUUCGGUGAUAUUGGCAAUGACGAAGAUUGCAACUUGGAUGAUGCCCAGUCUGAGACAAGUGAUUUCUUCGGGGAUAAGGAGAAGAAGAGCGAUAAUUCCUUCUUUUUUUAGUAAUUCUCAUUUAU